CUGUCCACAACCUAUUCAAAAGUUCUAUGAAUUCCCUCAUCUGUAGGAUCCUUGAGAUCUCAUAAGUCUUUUGGUGAGUCCUCAUGAGCGCUAAAAUCAUGACAGUACUGCCAUCUACUGGACAAAUAAGUGAAUAAAAAGAAGAACACGAACAACAUAACAUUUGUGUUGUUCAUUUAAUUUUGAAAUAUACGGACAGAAUUCACGUAAAGGCCGAUGAAGAGUGUAUUAAAGAGUAAAAUGCUAAAUUAUCUAAUAAAACAGGUUAAUAACAGGUCACGAAUGCGAUUGAUGAUUCUGAGGGAGCAGAUUUAAUGAGUCGUCAGUCUAAUCUCACCCGGAUGUCGGAUUAAUGUUUUCAGUCAUUUCCGCUUCAGCGAAUCAACAGGAAAUUUCGUUGAAGUGAUGUCGUGAUGUUGACGCUUGUCACCAUUUGUAAUACAGCAUCUUUUUCCUCUCACGUAUCGAUAUGGCUAUUUCAACAUGUCAGAAGAUCACCUUCGUCUCUUGCAUCGUCCUCUGUAUGUCUUUAUUCCUACCCAAAUUAUUUUUACCCAGAGUGAAGAAAGAAACAGUGCAGUCGGAGGUUGGGCCAGGGCAUUUUCCUCCCUCACGACACAGCCAUUCAUUCCACGAAGAUCAUGAUCACUGGGACACAGACUCUCAUUACAUCAAGAAUUACAAUCCCGAGGCAAUUGCCAGUGUCAAGGGUGUUCGCAAGCCAAAUCUGCUGGGCCAGGUCAUUCCUGUUUAUGGCUUUGGGAUUUUCCUUUAUAUCAUCUACCUGUUCUUCAAGCUGACUUCUAAGGACAAACCUCAUCGACAAGGGUGCAGAUUCCCUAUACUGCAGUCAGAAUGCACAUUUGAAGAGAUGCCUACUUGUCAGCUGGUGCAGCUGCAGGCCAGAAUGAGUGAAAAAAUCAGAGAAAAGAGAAUAUCUAAAGUUGUCCACCCAUCUGCCAGGUCACGCAGGGGCUCACGGAGGCGUGAGGAGAAAAGGCUCAAACAGUUGAAGGAGAUCACCCAAAUGAUGAAGGAGAGACAGUUGCGAGAGGGAGCCACGCCGGAGGAGGAGGCUGAGGAGGCGCCCUACACUGCAGACUGGGAAGGAUAUCCAGAGGAGACCUACCCAGAGUUUGGUCUGCCCUCCCGCAGGCGCAGAUUUCCUAGCGUUAUUCUGGAAGAACCGGACCAAGCUAUUCCCACAGCUGAGGAGCUUGCUGAGAGAAUGGAGAAAGAAGAGGAGGAGGAGGAUGAGAUUGCUGAUGAUGCAUGUAUUAACGAGGAUGUGAAAAUGGAGAAUAAUGAAGGAGAAAAAGAAGAGGACGACAAAGAUGAAGAGGAAUAUGAAGAUGAUGAAGAUGAGGAGGAGGAGGAGGAGGAAGAGGAAGAUGAGGAUGAUGUUGGAGAGGACCAGCCCUGCCUUCCUAAAGGAAUUGAUGAGGAGGAUGAUGACACUCUAGAAAGUCCAAGUGAAAGUGAAGAAAAACAGAAACCAAGCAGGAGACGACGACAAAUCACUUUCAGCGAUCACAGACACGUCUUCCAUUAUCCAAGGGAUGGCGCUGUUGGAUGCAAAUAUGAGGAAGAGGAGGAAGAAGAACAUGAAAGAGAAGAGGAGGAGGAGGAGGGAAAUGAAGAGGAAGAAAAUGUUGAUGGAGACUGUGAAGAAGAAGAGGAGGAGGAAGAAAAUGGUGAUGAAGAGGAGGACGAUCAAUGUAGUGAAGAAAGGCAGGGUGAUACAGAAGAGAAGGAGGAGGAAGACCCAUUGAUGGAAGCCGAAAGCCUGGGAUUUAAUGAUGACGUGGAAUGUGAUUCUGAGGAACAGGAAGUUGACCUCCUUGACUUCCUACAAUCAUACCAACCUGAGGUAACCGUCAUCUCCAAUAAGUCAGAGUCUCCCAAAGCUCAAGCCUCUGGGACUCUUAGAAUGCGUCACAAGAAACAAAAGGUAAAGAAGUGACCCGCCUGUCAAAAUAUACAUUGGUGUUCUGUUUAAUUACCCUCUACCUCUGUAUGAACAUACCUUACUGUGAAUCUUUCUCGCUUUGCUUAAAGAGGCUUAAGGCGUUUCUCUGUAAACUUUCAGGCUUGUCUAGUAAAAACAAAGAUUGCUUUAAUACAUUUCUAAGAACAGCUAGAGAACAUUUUAAGAGUAGAAAAUAUUUGCCAUUAAAAAUUUUGUGAACAGAU